UCUGAAAUAUAACUCUACUGUUCGGAGUACUUUGGAAUACUUUUAGAUAGUUUGUCUGAAAGAUAUUGAACAAUUGUGUUGGACAGUGGAUUUGAUUUCUUUCUAGGUCCUCAGAAGUUGUUGCUGCAAAGUAGUUGAAUGAAGUGACAUUGAUCUGUGAAGUCUUCGGCUAAAGAUCUGGUGUGAAUAUCUGUAGAAAUUACAGAAUCAAAAUGUCACAAGUUUGCAAUUGGCUGACUGUGUUCUCAUGUAUGCGAGGAACUCCCAAAUACAAACUACAGCAACAGAUUCACCCGGGCCGGCCCGGGCAUUUUGAUGCUGUAAUUGUCUGGAAAGGAAAAGAGAACAAGAAAAGCAACUCUGGUGGGUUGGCCUAUGACGUUAUCCUGAAGCCUGCGGCCGGUGACCUGCCACGCCCCUCAUCCCCGCCCAAGGACAAGGGCCUCACCCAUGAAGACAUUGUACGCAAACUGCAGGAGGCGGAGGAACGACGACUGUCAAUGGAGGCGGAGAAGCUUGCGCCGAUCGCCAAGAUGCGUGAGCGUGCCCAGGAAGCCAUAGAGAGGUCACAGCAGGAGAAUGAGGAGUUCUCACGUGCCACGCAGGAGAAGCUGCGCCGCUCCAUGGAGGUCAACAAGGAGAACCGCGAUGCUCAGAUCCAGGCCCUACAGACCCGUCUCCGUGAACACCUGUUGAAAGUGGAGGAGACGUGCAGGAAAUCUGAAGAGAUGACAAAAGAGUUGGAGGAACGCAUCAAACAGAACCUCGAACAAAAGUCAGAAAACCGCCAGGCUCAAAUUGAUGCCAUGGUGCAGAAAUUGAAGGAACAUGAGAAACACGUGGAGGAGGUGGUGAAAGCGAACGAAGCCCUGUCGCGCAGUAAAUACAGUGAGGAGAAGGUACUGGAGAAGAUACAGAAGGCCAUUCAGAACCGAGAGAGCUUCCUGGAAGAACAGAAGAAACGGCUGCAGGAACAUGAAAAGAAAAUUGAAGAAGUUAGAAAUAAGAAGGCUGUAAUACAAUCCAGCGGUGAUUGCUCCCCAUGCGAGUAGACUGGGGCCAGGACGUCCACAUUGCCACUCAUGUGGAUGAGAUUGUACAUGUAUAUAACUGACAGGAGGACCAGCUACUCACAGUUUAUAGAAAUAAAACACUAUUCAUUACACAAACAGCAUUGAUUUGGAUUUGUGACUGGAAUAUACAGACAUUAUUGUUAACAAUUUAUAGUUCUGUAAUACCUUCUGUGAGACUUUUCAUAUUGAACACCGCUGAAGUGUACAUGCUUGAUUUUUUGCAUUUCGUCCAAAGGUACUUAAUUAACAGAAUCUCAUGUGUUUUAGUUAGUUUGCUAGUUGUAAGUCAAUAUUGUGUUUGAAUUGAAAAGCACAGGUUUUGGGACCAACACUUGUCCUUGGUAAAUGUGUAUUCGAGCCUUGUUUUGGGAAAUCCGGGUCAGAUUCAGGGACGACACUUUCCGCCUAAUCUGGAUUUUCAAUUUAAAAAGACUUCCUUUUAACCAAAGUGUCAUCCCUAAAUGCGGAGCUGCACAGGCUAAUAUGGGACUGAAGAUUAUGUACAUUCUUUAAGCUCAGUUUUCCCAAAUAACGGCUCAUUUUGUUUUUUAGUUUUCUUGAUUAGUGCUUUUGUAGUCUUUUCUAUUGUUAAGAAAUUGAAAACAAUGAAACAUUUUGUAGAGGACAGGGUGAGUACCGUCCUUUCGUUGUAGUUAAAAAAUGUGUGCUACUUUAUCCACAAUGUCUUGUAUACAGCUGAACGGUCCAUGUAUUAUCAAUAAUUUUUAAGCAUAUAACAUUAAAUUUGUCUUUACUUUGUGUUCUUGUGCUAAGUAGCAUGUAGUGCCGUAAGGGGACAAUCAAAUGAGCUAGUUUAUUUUUGACUGUAAAAUGAUCCAACAAAUAUUCCUAAUGGUUUCUUGGAUACUGGAAUCUUUUCGUAAAACAUUCCUUAAUGGUGUAUUUUUUUUAAUAACAGUAACAUAAUUACGCAGUCUUUUUUAACGUUGAUUAAAAUUAAUUUUACUAAAAACAGCAAAGUGGGUUCAUGUAGAUUAUGUAUUUAAUACUUGAGCUUCAAUUGAUAUGUAUAAAAAGUUAAUUGUGUGUGCUGUAAAAUGCCUUAAUUGUUAAUUUUAUUGUAAAGUAGUGUUGUACAUCUUGGUUAUAAAUAAACCAAUUUUUGUCUGUCUAGGAUCGAAUUUAAUACAUACAAUUUAAAUAAAAGUUCAACACACAAAGUCAUGCAGAAGUGGAAGUGACAUAAUUGAACUAUAUUACAUAAUAUUUAUAUUCUUAUUCCCCUUAAAUUUUUAAGCGAUAAGAAAUCCUUGUAAUAGCUAGCUUAAUUAACGCAUAGUGACAUGAAAUAAAAUGUUGAAACAUGGAAAGAUUAUUUAAAAUCAGUCUUCAUCAGAGAAAGAUAUGUUGUAAUGUUAUAUUUGUUAAUGCAAUGUUCUCAAUGCAAAGAAAUCCAUAUGAAAAGCUUUAAAAUGCUUGCUUCGUGGGAAUUGUUUUUCUUUACAAGUAUUUAUUUUGUCCAGUCCCUUUUUUUCACCCCAUAAAUAACACUUCAUCACUUGCAUUGAUCAUUCUUUUAAUUUCUUCCAUGCAUUUUGUGCCAUAUUAUUCAAAGAUUGUUUCUUUUUCAAUUGACUUAAUCUUAGAAUUGGUUGCAAACUGAGUAAUAAUUCGUGCUGCGUUGUGAAUAAUAUAUCAAAUACUGUAUAGUAGUAUUGUGUACACGGCAUGCUAAAUUGUAGUUCUUUUUGCCUUUUCCUUAUGCAGUUCAUAUUUCUCUAAAGUAGAUUUCGUCAUACGCUGCUAUUAAACUGUUCAUGAUAA